AUGGCAGCGCGAGUGUUAAUCACGUUUGCCAUCCUGACCUUCGUUGGGCAGCUCACCGUGGGCCAGCAGGAACUUGCCGACUUGCCGGAGGUGAAGGGCUACAAGCUGCACUGCAUCGAAUCCAGCGGCAUUACGGAGUCAUCGGCGAAGAAGCUAUCCGCGGGCGAACCCAUCAAAGAACCGGACCAACCGACGAAGUGUUUCGUGCAAUGUUUCUUCCAAAAGCUGCGCCUGAUGGAUGAGAACGGUGUCGUGCUGAAGGACAAGCUGGAGGUGUUUCUCACCAAGCUGAUGGAUGCGGACAAGGCGAAGGAUUACGUGAAGCAGUGCGAUCUGCGUCGGACGAACCCAUGCGAUACGGCAUACGCCGUGUACGAUUGCUAUCUGGGCAAGAAGGCAAAGCUGUUUUAA